AUGGCGUCCAAACGUAGAAGAUCCAGCACUUCCAUUGCUCCGACAAAAAUUGGCACAGAGAACAGCAGUAGGAAAGCACAGCGCAAGACUUCACCAACCACACAAGAACCUCCGAGGAGAUCGGGUCGUCAUCGCACAGCUGACAGCAAGCCUGUCAAAGAAGAGGCCAUGGAGGCACCCACCAGCGCCGCCGCGCCGCCGCCCCCAUCUCUCGAGCAAGACACCCCUGCGAGACGAAGAGAUGCCGCUAGACAGGUCGCAACACCACGCAAGUGUGUCUCCGAUGUGAUGAAGGAACUCAGUGACAUGGAGGAGCGCCUGCAAAGCUCUGUCAAGCGUCAGCGCUUGGCCAUUCAGGAUUCGGGUCUUGUCGAUGAUGUUCCCCCACGCCGCCCUCUCAAACCUCAAGCGGCACGCAAAAGUCGCAAUGUGGUUCGAGAGAACCUAGCCAAUGGCGUUCGCAUGGCCAUCUCCGUCGAUGAAAUAGAGCACGCCCCGUCACUUGAUACUGACGCCAUUGCCGCCGCCAACGACAUUGAGGCCGACGCCAAUGAUAGGGAGCAAGAGGCCGAAGAGGAGCCGGCGGAGCGCGGCGCUGCACGACCACCGCCCGUGAAUAGCAACCAUCUCCCUCUCCCGUGGAAGGGCCGAAUUGGAUAUGCCUGUCUCAACACGUAUCUUCGAGAAGCAACUCCGCCUGUUUUCAGUUCCCGCACUUGCAGGAUCGCGUCUAUCAUCCAACACCGCCAUCCUUUGACAGACCCAUCUCAGCCCGAACAUUCCACUAAGAACAGGCCAGAUGAAUCCAAACCUCAGAACAUGAGGCUCGGCCAAGAGUAUGUUGAGCGCUUGGGGUUGGCGAACGCGCAUGACAUAGUCAAAAUGAUCCGGUGGAACGAUAAAUACGGCAUCAAAUUCAUGCGACUCAGCUCCGAGAUGUUCCCCUUCGCUAGUCACGCUGAGUACGGAUACAGUCUCGCGCCAUUUGCUUCUGAGGCACUAGCUGAGGCCGGAUCUGUUGCCGGAGAGCUCGGUCAUCGCUUGACGACUCAUCCAGGGCAGUUCACUCAAUUGGGCUCGCCGCGGCCUGAGGUUAUUAAGGCUGCUGUUCGCGACCUCAUAUAUCAUGAUGAGCUUCUCACGUUGUUGCACUUGCCAGAACAGCAAGACCGCGAUGCCGUCAUGAUCCUGCACAUGGGAGGUACCUACGGCGAUAAAGCUGCGACGUUGGAUCGAUUCCGGACGAAUUAUGCAACGCUCUCGCCUUCGGUGAAGAAUCGUCUCGUCUUGGAAAAUGACGAUGUGUCUUGGACAGUUCAUGAUCUUCUACCCAUAUGCGAGGAGCUCAACAUCCCACUUGUCCUCGACUUUCAUCACCACAACAUCCUUUUCGAUGCCACAGAAUUGCGCGAGGGCACAGAGGAUAUCAUCGCGCUCUUUCCACGCAUUCGAGCCACAUGGACACGAAAACAAAUUACCCAGAAGAUGCACUACAGUGAGCAAUGCCCUAGCGCUGUAACACCCAGAGAUAGGAGAAAGCAUUCCCCUAGGGUACGCACACUCCCGCCGUGCGCAAACGACAUGGAUCUCAUGAUCGAGGCCAAGGACAAGGAGCAGGCAGUCUUCGAGCUGAUGCGGGCCUUCAGGCUGCCAGGGUACGAUACCUUCAAUGACCUGAUACCGCACAUGCGAGACGAUGACCACAGACCCGUACCGAAACCUGUGAGUAAAGGGAAAAAGAAAACGCCGACGAAGAAGAAAAAGAUCAAAGGGGAAGACGACGACGUUGACAUGGACAAGGUGGAAGAUCUAGAGACAGACAUGCCAGAGACGGUGCGUACGCCAGUCUCUGCUAAAGACUUUGGUAUGGGCGGACCACAAAACCGGGUGUACUGGCCUGAGGGUAUGGAGGCUUGGCUGAAGCCGAAGAAGCGCGAGGUGAAGAAUGUCCCAAAAGUGACGCAAGUCGCCGCUUGA